AUGCUGACUGUCUCCAAGGCACAGCCAGAAGAUGCCAGUCACGACGUUGACGCCGUCUCGCGAGACGCCCGUCCCGCGCCCGAGCCCGAGUUAAACGGCGAGUCCCCCGCUAACGUCGUCGUGGACAAGCUGGUCAACGACAUCGUCGAUGAGGUGGUCAACUCGGCCGAGGUCAGCGUCAGUGGGGGAUCCGACACCGAAGCCUCCAAGUCCAGAUCCGACGACAAGGGCCAUGUCAGAUCGUCUUCGGUCAAAAAGCCAACAUCUUUCAAGUCGGUGCCCAUCAACAAGAGUUUUCAGGCCAAGCUCGCCUCCAGCAGUGCUGCAGCCAAAGUCCCCGAGAAGACUGCUUCGACUGCAUCGUCGACCGCAGGCCCUCCAAGCACAUCAUCUACACCAAAACCUCGAUUGGUUGCCAAGACCACAGGAACACUGCGAGAUGCCUCCAAGUCAUCUCUCGCCCAAAAUGGACGACCCGCACCAGAUGGAAACGCUGUAUGGAACAAGAAUCGACCGCCUCCGACUCCCGACCUUAAGAAGAUGACGGACGAGGAGCUGUUGAAGCUUGGUAUACACGUAGCUAACAGACUACAACCUGACGUUGCAAAGGGCCAGGCAGCAUGGGCUGAUAUUGACGAAAGCGACGACGAAUGGGAUGCACCAGAGACGAUCACUUGGACCGAUGGCACCAAGACCACAAUUCCGCAUGCCGACGAACCUGUAAACGUACCUGAGCCGCCUCCGCCUGCGCCUGCGAUUGCGCCUGUACCUGUGCUUGCGCCUGCAGCCAAGGAAAGCAAGCCCCUCGACAAACCACGGUCGCCAGCCCCGCCCGCGGGCUCUCCCUCCGUGAAGCCUAGUCUACCAUCCGGCAAGGGGCUCAUUCUCAAAGGCGCGCCAGAAAAGCCCACACUAGUCGCAAAGCCUCCUGCGCCCCCGACCCCAGUCAAGAGUCCGUGGGCCGCACUGCCACCUGUCCAAAAAGCUUCUCCCAUGGAAGUCGCGGGCGAACAGCCGCAGCGAGGCUUCCCGCCGCCAGGACCAGCCUAUGGUGUGAAAGGCGUGACUCCGCCUGCCGCAAGAGAAAUCGCUGCCGAUGAUUUCAGUCGAUCACCGCGUCGGGACCACCGGGAACUGUACAACUCUCAUUCAGGUCGAUAUGAGCCCGUUGCUGACCGUCGAGGAAUGCCAGUAAGGCCCGAGUACCAGCCGCGACAACCAGCCCUACUUCAGCGACCGUCCCAUGGAGAGACGCAGGGCCCAGCGGAGCCCUCGGCGGCAUUCCAAACAUCCCACACCAGCGGCGGCUACGGUAGGAGGCGCGGCUCGUCCAAUGUUAGUGGCGGAAGUGGCAGCUUCCAGAGACUGGGCAGGCCUUACGAGCAAGGUCUUCCCCCUUCAGAAAUGCUUGACCCUCGGCGAGGCUCAUUCACCGGGGCCAGCGAUCAUCCCACGUCCCCACGGAACUUUUCGCCCUCCGAUCAUCAUGGAGGACCGCGACAGCCCAGUGCUUCACCAUGGCAACACCGAGCAUCACCGGCAAUCUCGCAUGCCGCACCCUCAGUCCCAGGUAGCAGUGAGAUGCAAACGGUGCCCCCAGCAAAUCCCGUGGUAGAUGAUGUCGAAUUCCAGAAGAAACUGAUGAAGGAACGUCGCGAGGAAGCAAUCAGAAGGCGUCAGGAGGAAGAGGCUAGGGAAGAGGCCGCAAAGCAAGAGCGUCUGCGCAAGAAGCUGGAAGCUUUGGGCCCAGCUCCCGAGAGAAAGAGCGAGAAGAAGGAAGUCCAUAAAGAGACAGCAGGAGCGGAUCAGUUGAGCGAGACACCACAGCAGGCUCCAGCGUCCCAAGAGGCGAAGGAAACCAAGCCGACCGCAACACCGCCAAACCCAUUGGCCGAGAGCAGCCAGGACACACUUCCCAACGGUGUUGGUCCGGACGCCCAAUCCCACGCGAAAGCUCCAGCUACUGCCGAGCAGCCUCCGGCGCCGGAGAACAAGCAUGCGCACCCUUGGAAUCCUCGAGUGCAGACUCAAAACCCAACCGAUCGACUCACGUGGAACGCAGGCAGUCAGGCACCCAAGAACGUCUGGGGCCCUCCAACCAACGACCGCUCUCUUGGAAAUGGAACUUUCAACUCGGUGCCAACCCAGCCCUCGCAGUUGGCCCCCGUACGGAGUGGCCGUCCUGGACCCGGUCCCAUCGCGCCACCAAGCGCGACAUCCAAGCCGCCUGGGCCGCACUCACAGCCGGCCCCGAUUGGGCCCCCACAACGGAGCGGAUCACGGGCACAACCACAAGAUGAUAAUGCCCAGAGAAGGAACAAAUGGACGUCUGCUGUACUGGCAUCGGACGAAGACACUCGGCUGCAACGCCAGAAGCAGCAACGUGACCUAGAGCAGGACAUGAAAGCUCGCGGACUGGACUAUUCUGACCUAGCAGCCCCCAUCAACGAGGCUUGGACGUCUACGAAGGAGGAUGAACAAGGACAACGAGUGCGUGAUUCGAUGCAGUGGGUCUUGCGCGGCAAUAAUGCACAAAACUCUGCCUCACGGACCGCCGGCGCUGGUGACUUGGGCCAACAAGAUGCUGCGGCACGCUUUGUGCCUCCACCCGUUAGCCAGAACGGUUCAACAACAUCUGGGUCCCAGCGAUCAAGGUUCUUCCCACCUACCCGAGAAGUAGACCAGACAGCACCGAUCGCCCCUGAGACUGGCAGAUCUCAGUCUCCUUCUCCCCCGCCUCCUGAUAUGGCUGGACACCCUGCUUUUGACGGCGACAUGGCACACCCCCAUGUGUCGCUGCCGCCUACAAAGCCCAUUGUGAAGUUGCCACCUGCUGCGCCCUCCUCGUUCCCGGCGUCACAGCGCUCUGGCCAGCCCAGCUCUGCAAGGUCCGCAUCUAGUCCCCAAUCUCUUUCUUCCCGACCGUUCAGCUCUUCGGGCCCAGGUUCCAAUCACACAGCACCAAACUUCUGGCAAGACCGGAUCAAGAAUCUCUUGGCAGACAAUUCAUCGAAUCCGCCGAGCGUGGACUCAUCCAGCAGGACUAGUUUGUUGCAGCCCACCCACCGUGCUGCGGCCACUGUCUCGUUGCCGACUAUCUUCGCCCCAAGCUCAACGGUUGAUGACGGCUCCUUCGCCACCAAGACAAUGGCUGAAGAUUGCUUCGAAGAGCAGGAGAUGGGAUCUCUCCCGCCUGUACAUCUUCCGACGCAGAUUCCAGAGGCAGCUUGGGAGCCUGCCAAGGCGCCACCUCGGCAAGAUCGGAGGCUCAAGGAAGCAAUUACUACCAGCGCUGAGGCGUUGAUGUUCCACCCUGAGGGCAGAAACUAUGUCAUUUUCUUGCCUAGCAUGUCGGGGCGUAGAACAGUGGCCAUGGCAGCGUCAUCUGUCAGCAGCCCUCAAGGCCGGCGCCCUCAACGCGCAUCGCGUUACUCCUCUUCGUAUCGUGGUGGCAACCGAAACCGAGACUCAUCAGAGCAGGGUGGCCCUUCUGGAUCAAAUUUUAGCCGAGGUGGCCGUGGUUCAUACCGUGGCAGAUCCGAAUGGAAUCGUGCCGCGGCAACACCCAUCCAAACCCAGUAA